UUCACGCGCCACACUGCUUCUUAAGGAACCGGCUUGAGCAUUUGACACCUGCUUUAAGUUACUGACGAGCUUCGUAAACACAUUUUUGGUGACAGUUAUUAAUUCAUUAUUUAUAUUAAAGUAAGCCUAAUUCUCUUUUAUAGAAUGUAUCGUUUUAUCUGUUCCAAGUGGUUUGUCUCCGGCGUGUCCUUGACAGUCGGUGUUGGUGUCGGUGCGUCUCUGAGAACGGCAGACACCGGAGAAAGCCAUGGGCUUCUCAGUCGGGUGCCCGUUAUUCCCAUACCGAGCGUGGACGCAGCAACCGACAUUGUACCGUACCAAGGGGGCGGCGGUCAGAUGGGAGGCAACCGUUCAACGGCGGUUAUGAAGUACGGGUUCCCGUCUCUGGCCAACAUCAAGACCAGAGAGUCUUACGUUACGUCGUAUGACCCGAGGAACCGGACAGCUGCUUGGGUGAUUGAGCACCUCACUCCUCAGACACUCACAGGAACUUCUGACAGGAAGUUCUGCGACUUUAAAGAGGACGAUUCGGUGCAUAUGUACCACCGAUCAACUAACGCGGAUUACAAAGGCAGCGGGUUUGACCGUGGUCACCUGGCCGCGGCAGGAAACCACAAAUGGAACCAGAAGGCAAUGGAUGACACGUUCUAUCUUAGCAACGUCUCGCCUCAGCACCCUCAAAUGAACCAGAAAGGAUGGAACAAACUGGAGCAGUACUCGCGCUCUCUCACCAAGCAGUACCUCAACGUGUUUGUGUGCACUGGACCACUCUACCUGCCCAGGCAAGAGGCGGACGGCAAGAUGUACGUGCGCUACCAGGUGAUUGGCCGUAACCACGUGUCGGUCCCCACCCACUUCUUCAAGGUGCUGAUCCUGGAGAAGCCUCGCGGCGAGGUGGAGCUCCGCCCCUACGUGAUGCCCAACGUUCCCGUGGACGAGAACGUCGCGCUGGAACGCUUCCUGGUCCCCAUCGAGAGCAUCGAGAGGGCUUCCGGCCUGCUGUUCGUCCCCAACAUCAUGAAGAGGACCAGCAGCGUCCUGGCUGUCACUGCAGGCCCGGGGAAGUGACCCUGGGAGUUGUAGUCCAGUUGGCGUGUCAUAACCAGGAAACGUAGUUCUGUUUCCUGGUCAGAGGUCGGACUAGUGAGCCAAUGCUGGGGAAGUGAGGAGAGGUUAGAGGGAGGUGUUCUGGAACAGCUUAGGGUACAGGAAGGCGUGUGGUUGGCUGUUGUGUGGAGGUCAGAGGUCACCUGGCCAGACAGAGACCUGAAGACAUUCAGGGACUAAACGCUGAUAAUGACAAAACACUGUGACUUCACUUGUCAAAAACACUGAACACAACAAUCACUGUUAUCAUUGUUUACUGUGUUGCUGCCCAUCCAGAUGGGUACCACAAUGUUGUCAUGGAUGUUGUCAUGGAAAUUAUAAAUACAUUUAACGUGU